CUAUCUAUCCUCCAAUGGACACCUCUAGGCAAUCGUCAAGCAAUGGGCAAGACUUCCUCAACAUCCCGCCUGAACUUACCAGGACGAUAUGCUUGGGCCUUUGCCGAAGUGAUCGGUCCAGUUAAUCUCCUAUUCAUCCUUUACGUGUUGCCCUCGAAAGUGAAGCCUGAGCCGGCCGCAGACUCCAGUCUUCUUGGGACAGGUCUUUCUCUUCAGAUGGAGAUCAUGGGAGUCUUAUAUGUGCUACAUUACGUCAACCGUGCAUUGGUCACACCUUUGUAUCUUGCACCUAGCAUCUCUCCAAUUCAUCCGUUGGUUUCUGCUAUGAUGGCAACAUUCCAGUUCGUCAACUCCAGUAACCUCGCGUGUUGGCUUAUCUACACCAGCCUCGCAAUAGACUUCAAAGAAACUCCUAUCUUCUCAAUGGGCGCGGUCUUUGGGUUAGCUGUCUUCUUCACGGGCUUCGUCGGCAAUGUUCGAGCAGAUGCAAGACUAUUUGACCUCAGGCGGGGGGCGGCGAAACGCAAAGCAAAGUCGGAAGGCAAGGCACUCAUUACAUAUGACAAGGUCUAUGUCAUUCCCCCGGCACAAGGCAUGUUCAAACACAUCUUGUACCCUCAUUACGCUUUUGAAUGGCUGGAAUGGACUGGAUUCUACAUCUUAGGAGGCUCAUGGGGCUUGGGCUGGGGGUAUGAGAGCGCUGCACUCUGGUUUGUUAUUGUGGAGUUCGCCACCAUGCUCCCACGAACAGUCAGUGGCCGUCAAUGGUACGAGCAAAAGUUCGGUAAGCGUGCUGUCUCUGGCCGCGCAGGGGUAAUACCUUGGUUGAAUUUAUAA